CCGACUCACACCGACGACAACCACGACCACUACGGCAACGACGAUACCACCGCCUCACUCGCCCACGCCGAACGCACAAUGAGGGCCGCACUGAGAUUACUGACCAAUUCGCCCACCAUCCAAGGCGGCGCAGGACUAUGGAAGAGCAGCGCGCCUGGUGUUCAUGUCUGGCGGCAACCUGUCAGAUAUGAUAACUACAAGAGCCCACACGGUCCUCAAUAUAAGAUCAAGCCUCACGUCUUUGGCAUGGAUGCCGGCAAAGGCUACUACUAUGCCUCCAUCGCAGCUGGAUUUGGGGUUGCAGCCGGCACAUUUGCCAUCAUGUUCUUCGAUUCGGUUCCAAAGGUCAAGGAGGACAUCCUGAAGAAGGUCCCUUUCAUCGCCAGCUUCUACACUACCGAGAUCGCACCAGAGGACAACCCAUUCUAAACGCAAUGCCAUGCGAGCAUGAUACGAGACGAGAAAACUUUGAGCAAGAUAGAGGAGCAUCGAUGUAAAUAAGAGCAAGGCCAAUGUACUCCUAAGAAGCAAAACAACAUCCCACAAUACUGCAGCUUUCUCUCAUACAUGUGAAAGAGAUACUUAUGAACUGCAGGGUGGCAAGCACACCAGCUGCUCCUCGACUUUGCGGCCAGGGCGAGGUUGGAAGUGGAUCAGAUGCGCCGUGCUCAGCGGAGAUGGGCUUGAGCUGCUGUCGUGCCAGAAACAGUAGCAACACUGCAUGUUGACAUGACUGUCGAAUGCAGUCCAAGUGUAGCAGCCUAUCAUACUUAUCAUUCCAC